UGUAGGCUGGAAUGGUGCUGAGAUGUGGCUACUUCUGGUUUGGGUUAUUUCUCCUAUCCCCUGUGUGCCUUGUGAAAGAUGUGGCGUGGACAGCGGCCAAGCACACCUACCAUAAAUCUUUGCUGGAACAAGUUCAAGAGUUGGAGAUGAAGACAAGAGAGCUGGGAAAAGCCAUGCUUCGUGACAGUAAUGGAAAGAGCGUGAACGAACGUGAUCAUUUGUUAAAAAGGCUCGGCAGGAAAACUCCUCCGAGCCUUUUCCGUGCUCAUUCUGUCCAGCAAAGUGUAUCACAUGGAUAUGCGUUUUCUCAAGAAGAACACGGUGUUGUCUCCCAGUCACAAGUUGUUCGAUCCUACGACACAACCAAAAGGAGAACAGAAAUAGAAUAAAUGAUUCUUUGCUUGAUGGGUGGUAGGAAUAAUGGGAUUUGGAUCAAUGCAUCCACUCUUAACACAUUCUUGACUAGGGUUGGCAGCAGCAACCAAAACACCAGAGAACUCAUUUCUGUGGCCUUAGCCAACACGUUUCUGUAUUCUCCCUGCAAACCUCGAGUAGUACGUAUUGUGGGGGGAAAUCAUUGUUUGACUUCAGUCGCUAAGCUCUGCCUAAAGUUUUGUUUAUGUUGUUAUGAAGCAUUUGACUGUGCUACGUGAGGUGUGAAAUUAAAAACAAUGUUUUACCACUGUUUAAAGCAUCAGCAUAAGGUUGUUCUGGGAGAAAAGCUGAAAAUUUAUGUUCCAUGAGAAAUCAGCCUUUGCUUAAUUGGAACAGGGUGCUGAGAUUUCCUGUUUUGUUACAUACAGACCAGGAGCACACGGCUGCAUGUAGACUUUAUUCCCUCCAGCAUUCACUGAUUACUAGAUUUGACUGAAAUAUUUAACAGACAAUUUGGCAUAAAAAUUUUGAUUGCAGUGGAAACACAAUCUGUAGCUAAAAAUGCUUACUUGCCUUCUUAUGACAGGAUAACACAAUAGCAAUGAAUUAUAUAGAAUACUUCUUGCCCUCUUACAGGAUUUAUUAGGGCUCUAUCUUAGCUUUCUGAAAACAGAUUAAUAGCUUACUCGCACAGUCAGGCUGUGGGAGUUGAAGAGCUUGCCAGGCAGCUGUGUGGAGCGCAUGGCAUUCUCACAAAAAGGAACUCACAUAGAUAACUCUGCAGGUUAUAUUUCGAUAUGCACUUCAGAUUUAGCCUGGGAUUUCCCUCCAUUAUCCCAUUCCCAUUUUAACAAUAGAAUGAACCAGUAGGAACAGAGAGGUAGAAGCUUUUCACAUCUGUAGACAGAAGAGCGUGUGCACCUUGUGCUGUGAUCCUACAGAGGCGUUCCUCCGGCCAGGUGGGAUGGGCGGGCUGGGGGAAGUUAGGAAAGGUUAACAUGCAUAUGUGUGCAUGUGCACACAGAGCUGCUCAUUGUGGAGAGAAGAGCUGCUGUUUGUUUGUGCGGCCAGAGCGGGCCCUUCUCUAGAGCAGAUCCGUCUGCAGGCUGCCCGCCCUCUGCAUGGCAAGCCCUGGGAGGAACGCUGCCUUCACUGACUCACUCUGUGAGAGGGGCAAGCGUGCUGCUGCAUACAUUGGCACCAUGGAAAAAGAGGGAAAACUGGGGCAUAAUUUAAAGCUGAAAGAGCUCUUAGAAAGCUUAUGCUGUCCUCCAGACAAGUUCUAUUAAUUUUAGUCGCCAAGCCACGUUUCUGAAUAGCAUAAAGUAAAUACUGCUGUGUUCUAGCCAGGUUUUGUGGUUAAUGUAUAUACUACAUCUGUGCGUUUAAAAAGUUGGCGCUGUUUCUUGCCCUAUUGACCGUCAUCCAGAACUUUUGUUGAUUUAAAUAUAUCCGAAAGCAAUUUGAAUAUGAAUAUUUAUGCUUAGCAAAGGAAAAAAGGAAAAAAAAACAAA